UCCCGCUGGGUAUCCGACGGCUGCUCCUACCUACAACCCAAACAUGUAUCCGACAACCAGCCCCGGCUACGCCCCAGCGACGCUUCUGAUGAAACAGGCCUGGCCCCAGACACCGUCCUCUUGUGCCACUGAGGGCACCUUUCACCUCCCAGUGGAUACUGGGACCGAGAACAGAACAUACCAAGCGUCGUCAGCGGCAUUCAGGUACACCGCCGGAACGCCCUACAAGGUCCCGCCCACCCAGAGCAACAGCGCGCCACCUCCUUAUUCGCCGUCUCCAAACCCCUACCAAACCGCGAUGUACCCCAUCCGAAGUGCCUACCCGCAGCAGAACCUGUAUGCCCAGGGAGCGUAUUACACGCAGCCGGUGUAUGCAGCGCAGCCUCAUGUCAUCCAUCACACCACCGUGGUCCAGCCAAACAGCAUCCCUUCGGCGAUCUAUCCGGCUCCCGUGGCUGCCCCCAGAACCAACGGCGUCGCCAUGGGAAUGGUCGCUGGGACCACCAUGGCAAUGUCGGCAGGCACUCUGUUGACCACCCCGCAGCACACCGCCAUCGGCGCACAUCCCGUCUCGGUGCCAACGUACAGGGCUCAGGGGGCCCCUGCCUACAGCUACGUACCUCCACAUUGGUAAUCUCAUUGGCCAAUCCACAUCCAGAGUCAACCAUUGUAUGCAACAAUUCAAGUCGUACAUCGGUGCUGGAGCGGCCGUCCCACGUCACCGAGUCCGUUAGCGAGAACAAAAAAAAACAAAAAUCAAGUGCAAGGGUCACUUUAUGCAUUCUUUAGGGAUUUAAUUUGUAAAACUUUUUUUAAAAGUUCAUUUUGUAAAAAAAAAAAAAA